CUGGAGAUCGAGCUGCAGGCCCAGCACAACCUGAGGAACUCUCUGGAAAACACGCUGACAGAGAGCGAGGCCCGCUACAGCUCCCAGCUGUCCCAGGUGCAGUGCAUGAUCACCAACGUGGAGUCCCAGCUGGCUGAGAUCCGGGCUGACCUGGAGCGUCAGAACCAGGAGUACCAAGUGCUGCUGGACGUCCGGGCCCGGCUGGAGUGCGAGAUCAACACGUACCGGGGCCUGCUGGACAGCCAGGACUGCAACCUCCCCUGCAACCCAUGUGCUACCACCAAUGCGACUGGCAACUCCUGUGGACCCUGUGGCAGCUCUCAGAAGUGUUGCUCUUAA